AUGAGCACAGUAGCUCAACCUCUGCUCGAUACAAUCGAGGCAGACGAGCCCUCAAACCCUCCAACUACCAAUAAUGCGUCUCAAGCAAAAAGCAAUAGAACGCCGGUCGUGCUGACACCGACGACACAUUCAUCCAACCAAAUGGCCACCACGGAAAGCGACGCAGAAUCAGGUAUUGCAGGGAUAUUCCGUCAAUCUGCCCACCCAAUGGCCCUGUUCUUCCUCUACUUCUUCCGCACAGCUGCUAUUCUGGUGUACAUACUAUGUGGAUGGUUUACGAGCAACUACGUUCUUUCGACCGUGAUUGUUGUUGUCCUGCUGGCUAUGGAUUUCUGGAACUGUAGAAACGUCGCUGGUCGAACACUCGUUGGCCUGAGAUUUUGGAAUCAAGUCGACGAAGAUGGCGAGAGUUACUGGGUAUUCGAAAGUCGCGACCCCUCACGACCAGCCAAUCCCGUGGAUUCGAAGAUGUUCUGGAUCGCCCUUUACGUCUUCCCUGCACUCUGGGCAGCGCUUCUGAUAGUUUCCUUGCUGAAGCUUGGGUUUGCCUUCAUUCCCAUCGUGGUUCUCGCACUUGUCUUCAACGUCACGAACGUGAUUGGAUUCACCUAUGCGGACCGAGACGCAAAGCAAAAGUGGGCGAACAGCGUUGGUGGAUGGGGCCUUGGGUCGCUGGGUGGGAUUGGCGGACAAAUUAUUACUGGCGCAGUGAAGAAGAGCGUUGGUAAGGUGUUCGGGACCUAA